CGGCGCGCGCGGGCGGGGACGGAGGGCUCGUGGGGAGCGCGCGGGCAGCCGGGUGCCGGGUCGCGGGAGGUGAAGCUCGGCGAGGAUGGCGCCGCGAGCCCGGGGGCUGUGGCCGCUGCUGCUCGCGCUCUCGGGGCUGCUGGCGCUGGGCCCCAGCGUGCCGGCGGCCAAGCUCAACAUCCCCAAGGUGCUGCUGCCCUUCACGCGGGCCACGCGCGUGAACUUCACGCUGGAGGCCUCGGAGGGCUGCUACCGCUGGUCAUCGACCCGGCCGGAGGUGGCCGGCAUCGAGCCGCUGGGCCUGGAGGAGCAGCAGUGCUCCCAGAAGGCAGUGGUGCAGGCCCGCCUGUCCCAGCCUGCCCGCCUGACCAGUAUCAUCUUCGCGGAGGACAUCACCACUGGCCAGGUCCUGCGCUGCGACGCCAUCGUUGACCUCAUCCAUGGCAUCCAGAUCGUCUCUACCACCCGCGAGCUCUACCUGGAGGACUCACCACUGGAACUGAAGGUCCAGGCCCUGGACUCUGAAGGAAACACGUUCAGCACCCUGGCUGGGCUGGUCUUUGACUGGACGAUCGUGAAGGACACAGAGGCCGACGGGUACUCAGACACCCACAAUGCACUUCGAAUCCUGCCUUUCUUGGAGUCCACCUACAUACCUCCUUCCUACAUCUCCGAGAUGGAGAAGGCGGCCAAGCAGGGGGACACCAUCCUGGUGUCUGGGAUGAAGACGGGGAGCUCCAAGCUCAAGGCACGCAUCCAGGAGGCUGUCUACAAGAACGUACCGCCCGCGGAGGUGAGGCUGCUGAUUCUAGAGAACAUCCUUCUGAACCCCGCUUACGACGUCUACCUCAUGGUGGGGACAUCCAUCCGCUACAAGGUGCAGAAGAUCAGGCAAGGGAAGAUUGCAGAGCUCUCAAUGCCUUCCGACCAGUAUGAGCUGCAGCUUCAGGACAACGUCUGGGGCCCUGAGGGAGACCCGGGCCGGCCCGUGGCCGUCUUGGCCCAGGACACUUCGACGGUCACGGCAGUGCAGCUGGGACAGAGCAGCCUGGUCCUCGGCCACAAGAGUAUCCGCAUGCAGGGAGCUUCCCGGUUACCCAACAGUACUGUCUACGUGGUUGAACCUGGAUACCUGGGUUUCACUGUCCAGCCUGGUGGCAGGUGGGUGCUGGAGACUGGCCGCCUGUAUGAAGUCACUGUCGAAGUGCUAGACAAGUCUGGCAACAAGAUCUACCUGUCGGACAACAUCCGCAUCGAAACCACCCUUCCUGCAGAAUUCUUCGAGGUGCUGGCUUCUUCCCAGAAUGGGUCACACCAUCAUGUCAGGGCGACCAAGAAGGGACAGACAGCCAUCGAGGCAGCCCUCACCUCCGUGGUGGACCAGGAUGGAGGGGUCCACACGCUACGAGUGCCCAUGUGGAAUCAGCAGGAGGUGGAAAUCCACGUCCCCAUCACCCUGUAUCCCAGCAUCUUGACGUUUCCAUGGCAACCAAAGACAGGCGCCUAUCAGUACACAAUAAAGGCCCAUGGUGGGAGUGGGAACUUUACCUGGUCUUCCUCGAGCUCCAUGGUGGCCACGGUCACCGUCAAGGGCGUGAUGACCACUGGCAGUGACAUUGGACUCAGUGUGAUCCAGGCCCAUGAUGUGCAGAACCCACUACAUUUCGGUGAGAUGAAGGUAUAUGUGAUCGAGCCCAGCGGCAUGGAGUUCGCCCCCUGCCCUGUGGAGGCCCGCGUGGGCCAGACCCUGGAGCUGCCCCUGAGGAUCAGCGGCCUCAUGCCUGGCGGGGCCGACGAGGUGGUCACCCUGAGUGACUGCUCCCACUUCGACUUGGCAGUUGAGGUGGAGAACCAGGGCGUGUUCCAGCCACUUCCGGGGAGGCUGCGGCCGGGGCCUGAGCACUGCAGUGGCGUCACCGUGAGGGCGGAGGCCCAGGGCCACACCACGCUCCUUGUGACCUACAAGCACGGCCACAUCCACCUGAGCGCCCGCAUCACCAUUGCUGCCUACCUGCCCCUCAAGGCUGUGGACCCCUCCGCUGUUGCCUUGGUGACCCUCGGUUCCUCAAAGGAGAUGCUGUUCGAGGGGGGACCCAGGCCCUGGGUCCUGGAGCCUUCUAAGUUCUUCCGCAAUGUCACCUCUGAGGACAAGGACAGCAUCAGUCUGGCUCUCUUUGGGCCACCUGCCUCCCGGAAUUACCAGCAGCACUGGAUCCUGGUGACCUGCCAGGUCUUAGGCGAGCAGGUCAUCGCGCUCACGGUGGGGAACAAGCCCAGCAUCACGAACCCCUUCCCUGCACUGGAGCCCGCUGUGGUGAAGUUCGUGUGUGCGCCACCCUCCAGGCUGACGCUCACACCCGUCUACGCCAGCCCCCAGCUGGACCUGUCAUGCCCGCUGCUGCAGCAGAACAAGCAAGUGGUUCCAGUCUCCAGCCACCGCAACCCCCUGCUGGACCUGGCUGCCUAUGACCAGCAGGGCUGCAGGUUUGACAACUUCAGCUCGCUGAGCAUCCAGUGGGAGUCCUCCAGGCCGUCGCUGGCCAGCGUUGAACUCGACUUACCCUUGCAGCUGGUGUCCCGGGAUGAUGGAAGUGGCCAGAAGAAGGGGCAUGGUUUGCAGGCCAUUUCAGUUCAUGAGGCCUCGGGCACCACUGCCAUCUCUGCCACCGCAACUGGCUACCAGCAGUCCCACUUGGAUGCAGCCGGAGUGAGACAGCCGCAUGACCCUCUCCUGCCUGUGUCAGCCUCCAUCGAGCUCAUCCUGGUGGAGGACGUGAGGGUGAGCCCAGAAGAGGUGACCAUCUACAACCACCCGGGUGUGCAGGUGGAGCUGCACAUCCGAGAAGGCUCUGGCUACUUCUUCCUCAACACCAGCAGCGCAGACGUCAUCAGGGUGGCCUACCAAGAGGCCAGGGGCGUCGCCACGGUACACCCACUACUCCCAGGCACCACGACCAUCAUGAUCCACGACUUGUGCCUCGCCUUCCCAGCCCCAGCAAAAGCUGCUGUUUACAUCUCGGACAUUCAGGAGCUGUACAUCCGCGUAGUGGACAAGGUGGAGAUUGGGAAGAUGGUCAAGGCAUAUGUCCGUGUCCUGGACUUUCACAAGAAGCCUUUCCUGGCCAAGUACUUGGCCUUCAUGGACCUGAAGCUCCGGGCAGCCUCCCAGAUAGUCACAUUGGUGGCCCUUGACGAGGCCCCAGACGACUACACUGCCACGUUCCGAGUCCACGGCGUGGCCAUUGGCCAGACCAGCCUCACUGCAUCUGUGACCGAUAAAGCCGGGCAGAGAAUCAACUCAGCCCCACAGCAGAUUGAGGUCUUUCCCCCGUUUAGGUUGAUACCCAGGAAGGUGACGCUGAUCAUUGGGGCCACAAUGCAGAUCACCUCCGAGGGCGGCCCCCAGCCUCAGUCCAACAUCCUCUUCGCCGUCAGCAAUGAGAGUGUUGCAGUGGUGACCGGUGCCGGGCUGGUGCGGGGGCUCGCCGUGGGCAAUGGCACCGUGUCAGGGGUCGUGCAGGCCGUGGACGCUGAGACCGGCAAGCUUGUCAUCGUGUCACAGGAUCUCGUGGAGGUGGAGGUGCUGCGUCUUCAGGCGGUGAGGAUCCGCGCCCCCAUCACCCGCAUGAGGACGGGGACCCAGAUGCCCGUCUAUGUCACCGGGAUCACCAACAACCAGAACCCUUUCUCCUUUGGCAAUGCCGUACCGGGUCUGACCUUCCACUGGUCUGUCACCAAGCGUGAUAUCCUGGACAUCCGGGGGCGGCACCACGAGGCGUCACUCCGGCUCCCAUCCCAGUACAACUUUGCCAUGAACGUGCAUGGCCGGGCCAAAGGCCGCACGGGGCUGAGGGUAGUGGUCAAGGCUCUGGACCCCACAGCCGGGCAGCUGCUGGGCCUCGCCAAAGAACUCUCUGAUGAGAUCCAAAUCCAGGUGUUUGAAAAGCUGCGGCUGCUGAACCCUGAAAUAGAAGCAGAGCACGUGUUGAUGUCACCCAACUCAUUUAUAAAGCUCCAGACAAACAGGGAUGGCGCUGCCUCUCUGAGCUACCGCAUUCUGGACGGGCCUGAGAAGGUGCCCGUUGUGCACAUUGACGAGAAGGGCUUCCUGGUGUCAGGGUCCUUAAUUGGGACGUCCACAGUUGAAGUGACAGCCCAAGAGGCUUUUGGGGCCAACCAGACCAUCAUCGUGGCUGUCAAGGUGUCCCCUGUUUCCUACCUGAGGAUCUCCAUGGGCCCUGCCCUGCACACCCAGAACAAGGAGGCUCUGGCGGCCCUGCCCUUGGGAGUGACCGUGACUUUCACCGUCCACUUCCAUGACAACUCAGGAGAUGUCUUCCAUGCUCACAAUUCCGUCCUUAAUUUUGCAACUAACAGGGACGAGUUUGUGCAGGUCGGGAAGGGUGCCACUAACAACACCUGUGUAGUCCGCACGGUCAGCGUGGGCCUAACUCUGCUCAGAGCCUGGGACUUAGAGCACGGAGGCCUCUCCGACUUCGUCCCACUGCCUGUCCUUCAGGCCAUCUCCCCGGAGCUGUCUGGAGCGGUCGUGGUGGGGGAUGUCCUCUGUCUGACCACAGUUCUGGUCAGCCCAGAAGGUGUCCCUGGAAUCUGGAGCUCUUCUGCCAGCAGCAUCCUCCACGUCGACCCUAAGACAGGCGUGGCCAUGGCCCGGGAGGCAGGAUCCGUGACCAUUUACUACGAGGUCGCCGGGCACCUGAGAACCUACAAGGAGAUAGUGGUCAGCACCCCACAGAGGAUUGUGGCCCAGUACGUCCGCCCCGUCCAGACUGGCUUCCAGGAGGGCGAGGCCUCCAAAGUGAUGAUCACCGUGGGAGAGGGGAGCUCUAACCUGAGAGGUGAGUGCUCACCAGCGCAGGUGGGAGGCAUUGCGGCCCUGCACCCAGAAUCCCUUCUCAGCUGCCAGCUGCAGUUCAAGCAGGAUGUCUUCGACUUCCCAGCACGCGAGGUUUUCACUGCUGAACCAGAGUUUGACGCUGCUCUGGGCCGGUACCUGUGCUCUAUCACGAUGCUCAGGCUGACAGACAAGCAACUGAAGCACCUGAACAUGAGGAGGACGGCACUGCUGGUCACCGCCUCCAUCCUGGGCAGCCCCUCCUCCAGAGAGCAGAUUGGGGCCGAGGUCCCCUUCAGCCCAGGGCUCUAUGCUGACCAAGCUGAAAUCCUUUUGAGCAACCACUUCACCAGCUCCGAGGUCAAGGUCUUUGGUGCCAUGGAGGUUUUGGAGAACCUGGAGGUGAAAUCGGGGUCCCCUGCAGUGCUGGCCUUUGUGAAGGAGAAGUCUCUGGGGCUGCCCAGCUUCAUCACCUACACAGUUGGUGUCUCGGACCCCGCAGCUGGCAGCCAGGGGCCUCUGUCCACCGCCCUCACCUUCUCCAGCCCCACCACUAACCAGGCCAUCACCAUCCCAGUCACUGUGGCCUUCGUGAUGGAUCGCCGGGGGCCGGGUCCUCACGGCGCUGGCCUCUUCCAGCACUUCCUGGACUCCUACCAAGUCAUGUUCUUCACGCUCUUCGCCCUGCUGGCCGGGACUGCGGUCAUGAUCAUAGCCUACCACACGGUAUGCACGCCCCGGGAGCCCGCAGCGCCACCGGCCCUCUCCCCGCAAGCCAGCCCUCGGCACAGCCCCCACUAUUUUGCUGCCUCGCCGUCACCAACGCCUUUCAACGCACUGCCUCCUGUACGCCGAGCCAGCCCCCCAUCGGGGCUGUGGAGCCCCUCAUACCCCUCCCACUAGCAGCGUGGCUGAGCCCCGGUGCCUCUCCCCACCAAGGGGGCUAGGCCAGCUGGGUCUAGCCUGGAGCGAGCCCCGGCUCCCAGCCGCCUUCCCUUCUUCAUCCUGUAGACUCAGUUCAGGCUCCGCUCACUAGCUGAUUCCCAUGUGUAGGGGUUAACGUUUGUUGUUUGGGGGGUUGGUUUUGUUUUUUUUAUUUUGCUUCAAAAUCUUGCAAAGGCAAAGACCUUGGCUCAUUCCUUUACCUAACUGUCUGGGGUUUCUGGACAAUGCACGCUUGGGCUUUUAUUUUCUUGGAGUGUCUAGAAUCCCUCCCUCUCAGGGCUUGGCACAGCGAGGAGCUCUGCAGAGAACUCAUCGUAGAUGCCGUGACAGCAGUGGUCUCAGGGAAAGGACUUUGUCACGACGUUUUUACUUGUGUGUGUUCUUUUCCUUGGAAACUUGGCUUUCUCCAGCCUGGCUCCUGCUGGGACAUGAAGGCAGCGAGCAGACACGAGUGUCCAGCUGCGCCAUCGCUGCACAGGGGCCCUCAGGACCACGGCCAGGCAUCCAGCUCAGCCUUGAGGCACCUGAGACGUCUCUGGAGUUGGGAGCCGGGCCUCCCACCCCGCUUGGGCCAUGGCGAACAGGCAGCUGUCCUCUGUGGCAUUUUGUUUCCAGCUAUGGACUUGCCCUCGGCCCUGGGGGGACGGUCUGUGGGGCCCAGCUCGUCCUCCCUGUCCCAGCUCCACUAUCAGCUCGGGGACGUCCUUGGCCUGGGACAGGGCCCUUCCUUGUGCUCCUUUGUCCCGAGAAGCUGCCUCAUCCCUCCCAGGCGCAGAGAGCCUGUGCUAGCUGUCCCUCCUUCUGUACAAAGCACCAGCAGAUCUGAGCCUCUGCUGCCCGUGGGACGGAGACCAGGCAGCUUCCAGGCAUCAGAAGGAGGCAGGACUUAGAAAAUACCCUCCUUCCCAGCCCCUUGUCCAUGCAGCAGCUGAGCCCUCCCCAGACCCACAGACCCUAUUGUAGGGACUCCGCCUUGACCUUGAGCCGCCCAUAUGAACUCACCCCUGUCCUUUGGGGCUGGGUCAUGCAGUUUACGUUUUUAAAGCUGGAGACAGGAAGAAUUGUGCCUUGUGUAAUACUUGAGCUCACACUGACAACUUGGAUGUAAAUAGGUGCAUUUCUACUUGAUUUAUUUAAUAAAGCUCUAUAUAGUUUCUUAA